UUGAAAUCCUUGGGGGAACGGUAGAAGAUAGCCGUUAAAUCUUCAUUGUAAACGACUCGAGAUAGCCGUUGUGAAAUCUCGAAGUGAAUCCUAUUGGCAAGGGUUGUUUGCCAAAACUAGUGCGGUGCUUUGACGGAGUUCAAGAGGCCGGGACUUAGCGGAUUCAGAAAUCCUUGAGGAGGAGCCUUGAGGUACUGGAGUAGGGGUUUCCCGAACCAGUAUAAAAUCGGUGUGCAUUUUAGUUACGCUUUUAUUUCUGCGUUUUAUAUAUUGCUUCCGCAUUUCCCAACACCGUUUUUAUCAAACUCCGAAAAGAUUUUAAAUGCCUUAUUCACCCCCCCUAAAAGGCGUGGGCACAAUGUCUAAACCGACUAACAGACUCACAUGUUCAACGCCAGCUCCGACAACCGGCCGCUCCCCUAUGCUCUCCUUGUCCUGGCGAUCCUUGAUGAGUUCCACAUCAAGACGGACGUCGGGCCCAAAUGCAAAGGAACGAAGCAUUGGGAGAUUGACGAGUCUUCCUUCCACCCGGGAACUGAUGAAGCUACGUUCCCGCAGUCUCGUCCUCGCCGCCAACCGAGAGCCACUGCCUCGACCGCCGCCGCUUCGACCAACCCUUCUCUUGCCGAGCAAAUGGCAGCCUUGACCGCCACUCUCUCUCGGAUUGACACCAACGUCUCCCAAACGGCCCAAAAUGUAAAUAUUUUGAGCCGAGAGCUUCAUGUGUACUUUGACUUUGUCAAUUACCCUUACGCUCAAAUGGUCCCCUACGCUCUUCCACCGAAUGUCGGGGGUGCACCAAGCGGGACUAAUAACGUUGGGGGAGAUGAAGAGGUGGACAAUGAGGAGGAGGAAGAAGACAAGGAAGCGGAAGCCGAUGAUGAUGAUGAUGAUGAUGGCAGUGGUGAUGAAGAGGAAGACGAAGACAUUGACGAAGAAUAGCUUCUCAAUGAUCUUUCACCCGACUUCUAGAGCUCUAGCUCUAUUCCCUUCUCUUCUUUAUUGUUUUUAUGCUUUUUAAAUUUGCUUCCGUUAUGUACUCCGCUAUUUCCCUUAAUUAAUUAAUAAAAAUCUUUAUAGUUU